AUGAGGUAUCCUGACAUCGGAUUUUCCAUGCCACGGGUUAAGUCCGAAUCGGUACGAAUAAAGUUCCUGACACUCGGUGGACACGUCGAGUGUCUUGGAACACGGUACGUCCGGGUAUGUUCGUAUUAUCGAAGAAUACGGGUCCGUAUCGUAUGAUUUCAGCACCGCAAUACGCUUUAUUUCACACAGUAGUAGAUCUUGAAGCUCUUCCAACGACGACGUGGGAAACUGGAGAAAUAACAGCAACGAAAAAUUAUAUUUUAGCGUAGAAUGGAUGGAUGACAAUUCUGCUCAUGUGACUGAGCGGGGUCAAGCGACCCAGAUGUGGCAACAUUAAAGAGGGAAUACUACAUGCUGAAACACGACAACGACUUAAAAGAGGAUCGAUAUCCUUUUCCGUGAGUGAAAUAUAUUUAUUUUUUGGACGGUAGUCGUUAAUCUGUAAUAUUAAUCUGUGAUAUAAUAAUAAUAUUAAUCUGUAGUAUAACUUACACAACAUGUCGUUUUAAAACGAUCUCUGUUUAAAAUCAUAUAUUUCGUAUUUCUCGAUUAAACGCCGGGUUUUCAAGGUGGAGUUUUACCUAAGCCCCUAAAGCAUUUAUUUGAGGUAUAAAAAGCUGCGAAUGUAAUGGAAAGGUAUAUGACUGUAAAAAAUAAUGUAUAGAAACAUUUUUUAUAUAAAUAACCCUAGGGGCUGUCUCUGCCGUUCAUGGAAACUUGAUUUAGGCGCGACAACCUUUUUUUUAAGUUCUCCUCUGUAACCUCUCCAUCACUUGUAUGGACUUAAGUUUAAGGGAGAUUUUUUAUAUUGUCAGGAGUCAAACGUCUUAAUAAAAAAUGAUACAUUUCAGAAAGUAGAGUACUGUAAACCAGUGUGCAUUGAAAGUGUGCUGGAUUGAAAAUGUCUGUAGUCUCACUAUUUAGUUUUCGUUGCAGUCCCUGGAGGACAACUGCACAGAUACUGUCUUGUACAGUACACCUUCAAGAGUGGCCAGGAACAUCCUAUUCCGAAAAUGCCUCAAGGGAAUUCCAAGAAAAAAAAGAUGCCAUAUGUUCGCACAAGAGAUCAGCUGAAAAUUGUCGCAGGGGAAAUGAAACCUAAAGAAGCCCUCCAUCACGUAAUAAACAGAUGGCCUUGGUGGUCUAAAAUCCUGUGUGGGAUUAGGUCAGGUCCCGCGAAAUCGACAGCAAAUAAAAGAUAUGGCAAGGCGUAA